CGUCCAGCUGCUGGCAUGCUGGCUCCUUGCAAAGCAGCUGUUUUGGGUUUGAAAUUCCAACAUGGCAGAGGCUGCAGUCAGUCUUCCCUUCAAAAACUUGGAAUGAUUUCAAAUCAUAGGCACCUUCACUUAACCCGAGCCCCCAUUCAUCAGCAAACACAGCGGAUCGAUGCUACUCUAACCUAUCGCGUUCUCGUACCAAACCUGCAGGUUAAAUGAAUACCUGACGAAAGGGCCCACGUUUCAAGGCAGUGACAUUUGAUAGCUGAGAGGAAAAGUGGCUUUAAUGAAAAGCAACCUUUGGAAUUCCUGCUUGUGAAAAAUCCAAUUCAGCUUUUUGUGCUGCCAGCAAGAAAUGAUCAGUAGCACCAGUGUUUAUGGCUUGAAGAUGCAGUGGACGCCAGAGCAUGCCCAGUGGCCAGAACAGCACUUUGAUAUCACUUCAACUACCCGGUCUCCUGCUCACAAGGUGGAAGCAUACCGUGGACACCUGCAGCGCACCUAUCAGUAUGCCUGGGCUAAUGAUGACAUUUCUGCGCUGACUGCCUCUAAUCUAUUGAAAAAAUACGCAGAAAAGUAUUCUGGUAUUUUAGAAGGCCCAGCCGACCGACCCAUCCUCAGUAACUAUUCCGAAGCUCCGUCAGCACUGGUGAAUGGUCGGAAGAAUGAAAAUGAACCCUGGCAGCCUUCUUUGAACUCAGAGAGUGUUUAUCCUAUGAACUGUGUCCCGGACGUUAUUACCGCCAGCAAAGCUGGAGUAAGUGCAGCCCUCCCUCCAGCAGAUGUCUCUGCCAGUAUAGGGAGCUCACCUGGGGUGGCCAGUAACCUGACAGAACCUAGUUAUUCUAGUAGUACCUGCGGAAGUCAUACAGUACCUAGUCUUCAUUCAGGGCUCCCAUCUCAGGAAUAUGCCACAGGAUACAAUGGAUCUUAUUUACAUACUAGUUACAGUGGCCAGCCAGCACCUGCACUUCCAUCACCUCAUCCAUCCCCUUUGCAUAGCUCUGGCCUCUUACAGCCGCCACCACCGCCACCACCACCCCUAGUCCCAGGCUACAAUGGAACUUCUAACCUCUCCAGUUACAGCUACCCAUCUGCUAGUUAUCCUCCUCAAACUGCUGUUGGGCCUGGGUACAGCGCUGGUGGUGCCCCACCUCCCUCCGCAUACCUGCCUUCAGGAAUUCCUGCUCCUACUCCUCUUCCCCCUACCACUGUACCUGGCUACACCUACCAGAGUCACGGUUUGACGCCCAUUGCACCAUCGGCUCUGACAAACAGUUCUGCAAGUUCUCUCAAAAGGAAAGCUUUCUAUAUGGCAGGGCAAGGAGAAAUGGACUCCAGUUAUGGAAAUUACAGCUAUGGCCAACAGAGAUCUACACAGAGUCCCAUGUACAGAAUGCCCGACAACAGCAUUUCAAAUACAAACAGGGGGAAUGGCUUUGACAGAAGUGCUGAAACAUCAUCCUUAGCAUUUAAGCCAACAAAGCAGUUAAUGUCCUCUGAGCAGCAAAGGAAAUUCAGCAGUCAGUCCAGCAGGGCUCUGACACCCCCUUCCUAUAGUACUGCUAAAAAUUCAUUGGGAUCAAGAACAAGUGAAUCUUUUGGGAAGUACACCUCCCCAGUAAUGAACGACCAUGGGGAUGAGCACAGGCAGCUCCUCCCUCACCCAAUGCAAGGCCCGGGACUUCGUGCAGCUACCUCAUCCAACCACUCUGUGGACGAGCAACUGAAAAAUACUGACACACACCUCAUUGACCUUGUAACCAAUGAGAUUAUCAACCAAGGACCUCCUGUGGACUGGAAUGACAUUGCUGGCCUAGAUUUAGUAAAGGCUGUCAUUAAAGAGGAGGUUUUAUGGCCGGUGUUGAGGUCAGAUGCAUUCAAUGGACUGACUGCUCUACCUCGGAGCAUCCUUUUAUUUGGACCUCGGGGAACAGGCAAAACAUUAAUGGGUAGAUGUAUAGCUAGUCAGCUAGGAGCCACGUUUUUCAAAAUCACUGGCUCUGGGCUUGUCACAAAGUGGCUAGGGGAAGGAGAAAAAAUUGUUCACGCUUCCUUCCUCGUGGCAAGGUGUCGCCAGCCUUCAGUGAUUUUUGUUACUGACAUUGAUAUGCUUCUUUCAUCUCAAGUGAGUGAAGAACACAGUCCAGUAAGUCGGAUGAGAACCGAGUUCCUUAUGCAGCUGGACACUGUUCUAACUUCUGCUGAGGACCAAAUAGUAGUAAUUUGCUCCACAAGUAAACCAGAAGAAAUAGAUGAAUCUCUUCGAAGGUACUUCAUGAAACGACUUUUAAUCCCACUUCCUGACAGCACAGCACGGCACCAGAUAAUAGUACAACUGCUCUCACAGCACAAUUACUGUCUCAAUGACAAGGAGGUUGCACGGCUUGUCCAGCGCACAGAAGGCUUUUCUGGACUGGACGUGGCUCAUUUGUGUCAGGAAGCAGUGGUAGGCCCACUCCAUGCCAUGCCAGCCACAGACCUUUCAGCCAUUAUACCCAGCCAGCUGAGGCCAGUUACAUAUCAAGACUUUGAAAAUGCUUUCUGCAAGAUACAGCCUAGCAUAUCUCAAAAAGAGCUUGAUACUUAUGUUGAAUGGAACAAAAUGUUUGGUUGCAGUCAGUGACACUUCUUAAAAAAAAAAUUGAAAUGAAUGUUGGCACACACACAACCUGCUACAUAGGGUAUAGAACCCCUUUUCAGUAGUGUUAAAAUUGCAAAGGGUACUGGGAAGACUACAAUUACCUUGCAUCUAAAGAGUCAGAGUAGACUUGAAGGAUAAGUGCAUCAAACAAGAGCUGUUGAUCUGAAAAACCACACAUGACAGAAAGCGUAUGUUGAUGCUCAGUUCUGUUCAAGCUAGACAACACUCACCAAGGAGCAAGGUGCAAGUGGGUUGAUUUCAGAAGGACAUGAACCCUGUGUGUUGAUUCCAUUCUGCUGUUCUUGAGAUUUAGUUGCUGUCAAGUGCCUGAAGUGGUGCUUUAUUUUUUGUUUGCCUCACAAUUACAUUGGUGGCAUGUGCUAAUAUAAAGAGCUUUAACU